AUGCGCUCCUUUGCCGCCCUUGCCCCCCUCGCUCUCAUGGCUUCCGCGUCGCUGGUCGACGCCCUCCCUUCCCCCGUUCGCAUCGAAGGUGUCGUCCCGUCCGUCACGAACGCCGACGGGUCCGUCAACGACGAGCUCCUCAAGGCCAACAUGGAGGCGACGUUUGCCAAGUACGAGGACCUCGCCGAGCGUUCGACCGACUCGUCGUCCAAGGCGGCUUCGCUCAAAGUCCGUCGUCGCGACGGAAAGGUUAAGUGCAAGCGUGCGACGACCAAGACGAUCCCGGUUGACUACGAGGGCAACCUGGGCCUCUACAACAUCGACAUCGGUGUCGGUACGCCCGCCCAGAACUUGCCCGUCAUCCUCGACACUGGCUCGUCCGACCUCGUCAUCCAAUCGGCUUGCGACCCGGCCAACUUCAACAACCUCCCGGUCUGCACCGCCGUCUUCGACUCGAGCAAGUCGUCGACUUUUGCCAGCACCGGCGUGAAUCACACCGUCGCCUAUGUGAGCGAUAGCAUCUCGGGCACCAUCGUUACCGACACGGUCAACCUCGGCGGCAUUUCGAUCCCGAAGCAAACCUUCCUCCUCUCGCCCAACACCAACAUGCCUCUUUCGUCGGGCAACCUCGGCUUGAGCCUCAACGCUCAGGCUCAGCUCGGCGGUACCUCGGUCCUCGAGAACCUCCGCGCGUCGGGCAACGUCGCCAACAGCCGUAUGGGCCUUUGGCUCGGCAAGGAGAGCGAGGGUAGCGCCGAGCUUACCAUCGGCGACUGGAACACCGAUCGAUACUCGGGCAUCGCGACCGUCUACCAGGUCUACAAGCCGAACCAGCUCGGAAGGUGGGCCAUCCAGCUCCUCCAGAUCCUCGACGUCAAGCAGACGCCGCUCUGGACGAUGCCUGCUUCGCCCGACACCGUUGUCUUCAUCGACUCGGGCUCGAGCACUAACUAUCUUCCGCGUGCUGCUGCUGCUGCCGCUCACUCGGCGAUUCCGGGCUCGUACAAGCUCGGCACCACGACCCAGUCCUUGAACGGCCAAACCUACGAGGUCGACGCGUACGCCUUCCCUUGCACCAACACGGCGACUUUCGGCGUCUCCCUCUCUCGUCGCCGCAACUUGCUCCUCGCCGCGGAAGACCUCAUCAUCGGAACGGUCCCGGGGCAGGCGGGCAUGUGCAGGUCGGCUACGUACGGCGUCGACAUCAACUACGGCGGCGUCCAGGCCGGCAUCCUCGGCACUCCCUUCCUGCGCAGCUGGUACGCCGGGUUCAACAUCGGCGACGACGCCGCAAACAGCCACGCCAACAUCUUCUUCGCCCCGGCCAAGCACGCCUGA